AUGGUGAGUAAAUUCCCCGUUUCAUCGAAAGAAGCAGAAGUUAAAGGAUUCUUUUACCGGUUGGUGGUGGCCAACUCAGGAUUGGCAGUCACGGGUCGAUCUCCUAAGUAUGAAUUUGUUUGGAAAGAAGCUGGAACCCAUGAAGCAAUGCUGAGUUCGACUUACAGGAUCUUAAGAGACCAGGAGCUUGUUUCUUCCCUGGCUGAAGAAUGGUGUCCGGAUACUAACACGUUUAUCCUUCAUUGGGAAGCUACCGUCACUUUGGAAGACUUAAUGAUUUUGGGAGGCUACUCCAUUUUAGGCGACUCUGUAUUCUCGUCUGAUGAAGAAAUGAAGGAGUUUGAAGAGAAAUUAAGAGAAAAAAAGAUUGAAAAUCAGAGCGGUUCAGAUAAAAAAGCUAGGCUAACAAAAUGGAUAAAGAAGUUUAUGGGAAGUGGAAAUGAAACCAAGCAAGAAGCUUUUUUGUCUUUGUGGCUGGAAAGAUCUGUUCCCGGAAUCUGAGAAGAUACUGAAGACAUCUGCGCCUUUUCCGAUGCGGCACUUGCUCCUGCAGUUCUAGCUUGGAUUUAAAGGGACCC